AUGGCCGUUGCACCUGAUCAGUCAGGCACAGAGAAGCCGAAGAGAAGCUGCUUAUCGUCUCUCAAAACCUGUUUCACUUACCUUGAACUCUUGUUCGCCGCUGGUCCAACAUGGGUCGAUUACCUCCUCAUCGCGUUGGGUACCCUCUGCGCCGUUGGAGCUGGUGUUCCCUUCCCUCUCAUGGGUGUCCUAUUCGGCCAGCUCAUCGAUAACUUCAACGGAGCCACUUGCGCCGCCGAUGGUAGUGGCUCUGGAGCGAGCGAGGCAGCCUCUGAUCCCCUUGACUAUGAGAAUGCUAUCAACGACAAGGUUAUAAAGACAGCUUGGAUUGGCGCUAUCGCACUUGUCCUGAUCUAUGGUCAUCUGACCUGUUGGAACAUCAUCAGCCAGCGUCUUGCUCAGCGUUUGCGGACUCGCUAUGUAUCUGCACUUCUGCGCCAGCCUCCAGAAUUCUUCGACACUCGUGGAGCAUCUGGGCAAGUCUCAAGCCGACUCCAAGGCGAUAUCACAGCUGUACAGGCCGGUACAUCAGAGAAGGUUGGCAACAUCAUCACAACCAUCAGCUUCUUCGUCACUGUCUUCAUUAUUGCCUUCACAAAACAGCCAAGACUUGCCGGUAUCCUCAUUUGUAUGCUCCCAGCCUUUCUUCUUUCCGGAAUAGUAGGAGGAAGAUACCUGGGCAAGUUUGUGAUCAAACAAACAGAAGCAUCCGCUGCAGCCUCUUCCAUUGCUUCCGAGGCUCUGUCGCAUGUUGCAGUCGUUCAAGCUUUCGGUGCCGCCCCCCGUCUUGAAGAGAAGUUUGCAGAGCACAUGGCCCGUUCUCGCAAGUACGCUAUAGUUAAAUCUUCUAUUGCCGCUAUCCAGACCGGCUUGCUCUACUUCAUCGCUUACUCUGGCAAUGCCCUAGCUUUCUGGCAAGGCAGUAAAAAGAUUGUUGAAUCUGUGGCACGCAACGACGGAAGCACGACUGUUGGUGAGAUUUAUGCCAUUGUCUAUCUUCUCGUGGACGCUUGCGUCAUGCUGGGCGGAAUGGCACCUACUCUUCCAUUCUUAGGAGCAGCCGUAGGUGCAUUCCAGCGGCUCAAGGAAGAUAUUGAUGCUCCGUCUUCCAUCGACGGCACUUCACAAGAGGGAAUUGUACUUCCUCCAAGUGCGGAGAAGACCCUGACAUUCCGCAACGUCUCGUUCGAGUAUGCCUCUCGGCGAGGCCAGCCUGUUCUUGAGAAUGUCAACCUGGAUUUCCCUGCUGGAAAAUAUACGGCGAUUGUUGGAAUUUCCGGGAGCGGUAAAUCUACUGUCGCAUCACUGAUAGCGCGUCUGCAUGAUCCCACUGAGGGUACAGUCGAACUCGAGGGACACGACUUGCGAGAACUCAACGUCAAGUCUCUCCGAAGUUUCAUUAGCUUCGUUCAGCAAGAGCCCUCGCUUCUCGACAGGUCCAUUCUUGAAAACAUCGCACUGGGUCUGGUGAACUCUCCAAAGGAGUCCCACCAACACCUCAAGCCAUUGCUCAAAGGCCCCGAGCUUGCGAAGAUGGCUGCUAAGGGCAAGGACUCACUAGACUCAGCUGCAUCUCUAGGGCCCGAGUUCGUCGAAAUCGCCAAUUUGAUCCGACACGCCACUGAGCAGGCUGAUGCGGCCAGCUUCAUUGAACGUCUUGAAUUAGGCUAUGGUGCAUCUGCUGGUCCCAAGGGGUCGCUUUUGAGUGGUGGUCAGAGACAACGCAUUGCACUUGCUCGGGCUCUGAUCCGUGAUCCAGAAAUCCUGGUCCUGGACGAAGCAACAGCAGCUCUUGAUUCUGCCAGUGAGAAGAGAAUUCAGCUCGCUGUCGAGAGGGCUGCUGCUGAGAAACGAACCAUCAUAUCUAUUGCGCACCGUUUGUCAACUAUCCGCAACGCCGACAAUAUUGUCGUCAUGAAGGCUGGUCGAGUCGUUGAGCAAGGAACUUAUGACGAUCUUAUGGCCAAGGAGGAUGGCGAAUUUGCGCAUAUGGCAAAACUGCAGACAGUCGGCAAUAAGAGCGACACAGGAUCUGUGGACGGCGAGUCAAUCGGCGCUUCAACUCUCCGAAAUGACACACAACUGAACGAAAAGACUGAAGUUUCUGGAGCCAAGCAGUCACUAGAUUCCCAGCUAUUGGGCCAGGAGAAGGAAGAGUCCAAGAAAAAAGGAGAAGAAGUAGUAUCAGAGGAUCAUGAGCUGGACGAUGUGAAACCUUUCAGCUCUGUCAUCAAGGGUCUUAUCUGGUUGAUUCGACCAUCUCUGGGCUGGUUCACCCUCGCCACGAUCGCUGCUGUCUUCGUUGGGGCUACCUUUUCUGGUUCCGGCAUCAUAUUUGGCUUCACUGUUGGAGCGCUCAACCCUUGUGCAAAUACCCUUGACCAUAUAAGAUCCAUGGGCAACAUGUUUGCAGGCUUGUUCUUCAUGCUCGCAGGCGUGGAGCUUAUAGCUAACUUUCUUGCUUGGCUGGGCUUCGGCAUUGUCGCCGAAAGGCUUCUCUACAACCUUCGGGUUCUAUCGUUCCGAUCUUUGCUGGAGCAGGGCAUCCACUGGCAUCAGUCUGAAGGGCGAUCGCCGACCAGCCUUCUUGGCAUCAUUACCAAAGAUAGCAUGUCUGUGGGUGCCUUCAGUGGAUCAACUUUCGGCACCGUGUUUGCUAUCCUUAUCAAUGUUCUCAUUGCGGUCAUUAUCUCCCACAUCUUUGCUUGGAAGAUUGCCUUGGUGUGUCUUGUGACGCUUCCCAUAUUGCUUGGCUCGGGCUUCAUGCAGCUGCGCAUGCUGGCACGUUAUGAAGAGCGUCAUCGUGAGGCCUUCUCGACUGCCACCGCACUUGCAACUGAGGCUAUUCAGUCCAUCCGUACAGUGGCCGUCCUAUCCCUUGAGAAUGAGUACAUGGAAGGUUUCGCCCGAUUAUUGAAGCCUCCAAAGGAGCAGGUUGUGCGUGCCUCGGUCACAACUAACAUCUGGCUGGCCAUUUCAUACACAACAGGUACCUUUAUCAACGCUCUCGCAUACUGGUGGGGCUCGCAGCUCAUCAUGAAGGGAGAGUAUACUCAGAAGGACUUCCUUAUCAUCUUGGUCGCCAUGUUGACAAGUGCCCAGCUUUGGAGUGGCAUGUUCUCACUCGCUCCGGAAUUCUCUCGUGCUCGUCUGGCACUGUCUCGCGUCAUGACGGUCGUCAACAUGGGAAGUAGCACCCACACAGGAAAGCCUGGACAGGAUCCUUCUAAAGCCGGGAGGGACGUUGAAGCAUCCGGUGGAGAAAAGCCGCUCAGCCCUGCUGAUAACCAUAGUCAUGGCGGUGCAAAGGUGACGUUCAAGAACGUUUCCUUUGCUUAUCCUAGCCGACCUGAUGCCACUAUCCUCGACAAUGUCUCCUUCACGCUCUCGCCUAACCAGUUUUGUGGUCUUGUUGGUCCUUCAGGAGCGGGCAAAUCAACCAUCAUGAACCUGGUUCAGCGUUUAUACGAGCCUACGUCUGGCAGCGUGCUCAUCGAUGAUAAUGACAUCAGCAAGCUUCCAGCGUCAUUCCGAGAUACGAUUGCUCUAGUCCCUCAAGAUCCUGCCCUCUUUGACGGUAGUGUGCGUUUCAAUGUUGGCUUGGGAGCACCUCCUGGUCAUGAAGCCACAGAUGGCGAGAUUGAAGAAGCUUGCCGUUUAGCGAAUAUACAUGACGUUAUUGCGGCCCUUCCUGAUGGCUACGAUACUGAAUGCGGCCCCUCUGCUUCUCGUCUAUCAGGCGGCCAAAGACAGCGCCUCGCAAUCGCCCGUGCUCUUGUUCGUCGACCACGGCUAUUGCUCCUAGAUGAGAGUACCAGCGCGCUUGACGCCGCCAGCGAAGCAGCUCUUCAAGAGGGUCUCGAGAGGGCGUCAAGGGGCACGACGGUAUUGGCUAUCACUCAUCGAUUGCAUACUGUGGAGAAAUCUGACAUCAUUUUCAUCGUUGAAAAUGGACAAAUUAUUGACCGUGGGCGGCAUUCUCAACUAAUGGAGCGGAGGGAGAGCUAUAGACUGAAUGCCAUGCAACAGAUGUUGCAAUGA